UUCAUCUGGGGGAUUCGGAUGGGAGAGAAUGAAGGAUUCGUGCCGGAUCAGUGCAUGAAAAUUUGAUCGGUGGUGUUGAUCACUCAAUUAUAUCAAUAUGCACAGCAUAGCUUGUCAAUUUCAAUUUCAUUUUCCAUUUCGUUUGAAUUUUUUUAUAUUCUGCUGAAAUUUUCAAGCUUGGGGUUGUGAUAGACGACGCAUGGCAAAUACUAGCUUCAGGAGUUUAGUGCCUAUCGGAAAACAAUCCUUUCUUCCUCCAAAAUGCCCCGUUCCAACCCUAUCCCCUUUUUAUGAUGACCAUGGAGCCACAGGAUCAAGGGGCAUUCCUAAUGCAAACCAUCGGCGCACUUCAUCGGAGAGUUUUCUUAUUGAUGAGCAACCUCCUUGGCUUGAUGAUUUGCUUAAUGAACCUGAGAGUCCUGUGAAGAGAGGAUCUCAUCGUCGCUCAUCUAGUGAUUCUUUUGCAUAUCUGAGUGGGGCUAAGGUAUCUUCUGGUAUCACUAACCUAGCCUUGGAGGGCUGCGGGCAGAGCACUGUUGCCACACUAUGUCCAUGGGGGUUGAAUGAACUUGAUAACCAAAGAGACAUAAAUCAUUAUCCAUACUAUGUGGAGAACAAUUCAUCUGGGAGGCCGCAACAUAGAGAGUGUGAGUCUACAACAACUAUGGGCAGUAUUACACUGGGAAAGAAUAAGAUUGUGCAUAGUAGAGCAUACCCUGUUCCAAGAGAACGCAAUGUAGUGCCAUCUGAUAGUGAUGAGAAGAAAGACCAGCAGGGAUCUUCCAACUAUCCAAAAUGCCCCUCAGACAAGGAAGAUUCCUUCUCUAAGCAGUAUGCAGCUGAUCCAAGGAGUGCUAAACAGCAGUUUGCUCGGCGCUCUCGGGUUCGGAAGCUUCAGUACAUUGCAGAGCUAGAGAGAAAUGUUCAAGCCUUACAGGCAGAAGGCUCAGGGAUUUCAGCUGAACUGGAGUUUCUGGAUCGACAAAAUCUUAUUUUGAACUUAGAGAACAAAGCGUUGAAGCAGCGUCUUGACAGUCUAUCCCAGGAGCAGCUUUUUAAACGCUUCCAGCAAGAGAUGCUAGAACAAGAGGUUGCUCACCUUCGAAUAUUUUAUCAGCAACAUCAGGCGGCUCCCUUACAUGGACACAGGAGGAGUACAGACCUUGAUUCCCAAUUUGCCAAUCUCUCCUUGAAGCACAAUGACACGGAUGCUGGACCUGACCCAGUCACAAACCCUCUUCACAUUUGAAUUUUCAUCUACUCUUCCUAACACUUGCUCAUAUUAUCAUGCUUGGUCUCCUUAUCCACCUUUCUGUGGCAGACUCCAGAUAUGGCAUGGAGAAGCAGGAUGGGAACAUCAAAGACGGAUAAUAUCCGAAAGUUUGAUAACUUGGGAACUGGGUUAUUGAUUCGUUUUCUCAUUUGCUUUUGUGCUGCACCUCAUGGUCAUGUUCAGCCCACGUCCGUUGGUGACGCUCGACCAGUUGGUGGUGUUAGGCUCUACGGUUCCUGAUUUUUCUGUCUUUAUAUCUUAUAAGUCUCCAACUCCUCUUUUUUUUUCCCUUCCUGUUUCACUUGAGAAUCCAUUAUUGCUAGCUCAAUUGUCCGACAUUUGAAUUCUUGCAGUUCCAUGAAGGGUAUGUAAAAUGUCUACAACAUGGAAUAACUUUCAUUGUAUGUGAUUAUGUUGCAUCAUUAUGCAAGAGAAAGUAGGAAGCUUCAACAACAUUAUGGAAUUCUCUUAUAUAUUCUGAAAAAAAUUGCAGUCAUUCUCUU